GGCUGUUUAUAAUGAUGAGGCAUGUGUAAAUAAAAUAAUAAUGAUGAUCUAGGACACUAUUUUGUCUAGGACUUAACGCAACGGCCUUCAAACAGCAGAGCAUACUGUAGCAAACAUGAUAUGGAUAGGAUCUAUCUUCCCCCGUUGCUGUUGUUGAGUAGAAGUGAUAACUGAUACCUAAUGAUGACCGAAAACCCAUUUGGUUUCGUAUAGGCAAUCAACAAGGAGCAGCGGGCGGGAAUGGUGCUCUGCAUUGGACUUCACUAAGCCAAGCCCAAAAUAUAUUUUAGGGGGAAAAUCCCAGUUUUAUGAUAGAAGAGCUGGAGCGAUAGAUCUGGCCUGUGCUGCCACCUUGGGAAAUGAGGUGAAGUGUUUUUGUGUGAGUGUCCCUCUUGACUCUUCUUCUCGAGAAAUGGAUGAAACAAUAGCAGUAAAUGCAUCUGCAGGUGGCAGGGAACGUUAAAACUCUGUGAGCUUGCUGUCAGUGUAACUGUACCUUGAGGUUUUGGAGCACUAGUUAUUAUUAUUAGUAUUAGGGCAUUGGAAGGGAGUUUGAUAGGCGGGUAGCAAUGGCGGUGUUUUGGGCGCGAGUGAGGAGAAAGACGGGAAGGGUACCAGUGGUGAUGGUGGUGGUGGCUGUGGUGGUGAUGAUGGUGGUGGUAGCAGAGGGAAGAGAGAAAGAUGGUGCAGGAGAUGAUUUGAGGGCGCUUUUGGCAUUGAAAAUGAGUGUGGAGGAUCCGGGGGAAGGGCUAAAGAGCUGGAAUAUAAGCAGUCCUAAUGCGCCCUGCGACUGGAGAGGAGUGUCCUGUUUUUCUUCAAGGGUGUGGGAGCUUCGGCUUCCGGGACUAGACCUUCGAGGUCCUCUCACAGAGGAGAUUGGGAGGUUAAGCGAGCUCAGGAGGCUGAGCCUGAGAUCCAAUGGAUUCAAUGGAAGCAUUCCCCUGUCGCUGGCAAAAUGUGGGCAUCUGCAUGCACUAUACCUCCAAAGCAAUCGUUUUUCUGGGCGCUUGCCUUCUCUACUGGCUAAUUUGUCCGAGCUGCAAGUUGUGAAUGUGGCGGACAAUUUGUUAUUGGGAGAAAUACAGGGCGUGGGAUGGGGGAGCAGGAGCAUGAAAUACCUGGAUCUUUCGGGUAAUGCUUUCUCUGGGAACAUACCCCCCUCUCUGGUCUUGAGCCGCCGUUUGAGUUUCAUUGAUCUUUCUUUCAAUGAGUUGAGCGGUCCCGUUCCUGCAGAUUUAGGAAAGCUGCCUUUGUUGGAGUUUUUAAGUCUGGAUAGGAAUAAGAUCGAGGGAAGCAUUCCUCGGGCCCUGGGAAAUUGCUCCAAUCUGGUAUCCGUGAGCAUGGAUUAUAACAGGCUUACCGGCCAACUGCCUGCCGCAUUGGGGGCUCUUCCCAAACUGGAGAGGCUGUCUGUAAGGGGAAACAAUCUGUUAGGCGGGAUUCCAGCUUCUAUAUUCAACAGCUCUUCCUUGCGAAUACUCCAACUGGGUUUCAACUACUUCUCAGGCUUCCCAUCCAUGACCAGUGCUGCCAGAUGGAGAUUCCGAGUAAUGGACGUGGAGAGCAACAAUCUCAGGGGCUUAAUACCCACGUUUUUUACCAGUUUGUCGAAUUUGGAGGUGCUAUCUCUGUCCAAUAACAGUCUGAGUGGCCCAAUUCCUUCUUCCAUUGGGAAGCUGGGGCUUCUGCAGCAGCUUAAUUUAUCUCGUAAUUUUCUGUCUGGUUCAAUCCCCUCAAGCAUUUCACAAUGUCGUGAUUUGGAAGUGCUGAAUUUAGAGGGCAACAGGUUGGGCGGUAGCAUUCCUUUGUCUCUGAGCUCUUUAGCUUCUCUCAAAGAACUCUAUUUGGGAAGAAACAGGUUGGAGGGAAGGAUUCCGGAAGGUAUAGGUAGGCUCACAAUGCUGGAGGUGCUAUCACUGCCCUCCAACAAUCUAUCAGGAACGAUUCCGGAGGAGCUCGACCUUCCCAACCUCAGAAUCAUGGAUCUGGCUGAAAAUGGGCUGUCUGGGGAACUUCCGUUGGGCAUGGGGUCUUUGCAGAGCUUGAGGGUUCUGAAUCUCAGUGCAAAUAGCUUUAAAGGCGUUGUGCCCUCCACUAUUGGCAGCCUAUUCAAGUUGCAAUCGCUGGAUUUGAGCCAACAACACUUGACUGGAAAUUUGCCCGUUGAGCUUGCGGCCUUGCCCAAACUGCACUAUCUUUCUCUGGGAGGAAACUCCUUUUAUGGAGGCAUUCCUGAUGGUUUCAGUAGUCUAGAGAAAUUACAAAUUUUGAAUCUGAGUGCAAAUUCUUUAUCAGGACCAAUACCUGACAGCUUUGGCUUCCUGGGAGCACUUGUGAGUUUAUCACUUUGGGGAAAUGGUCUCUCUGGUAACAUUCCAGGUGAGCUUGGGAAUUGUUCCAGUCUGGUGACGCUAAGGGUCAGAGGCAACCAGCUUCAAGGCAGCAUUCCUCCUCAAAUCAGCCGUUUAUCCAAGCUUGAAGAGGUGGACGUGGGAAGCAAUCAUUUGUCAGGAGGCAUUCCACAGGGCAUCUCCAAUUGCACAAGCUUGAAAUGGGUUGCCCUGGAUGGAAACAAUCUCACCGGUACAAUCCCCAAAUCACUGGGGCUUAUCAUGGGUCUCCAAAAGCUGUUUCUGGAGGGAAAUAAAUUGAGUGGUACAAUUCCAGAGGAGGUGGGAGAGCUAAGAAACUUAGAGACGCUAGACCUUUCUGCAAACAAUCUAUCGGGUAGCAUUCCCUCUGCCUUGUGUAGAAUAAAGCCUCUCCAACACCUCAACCUCUCACACAAUCAUCUUAGAGGGAAAAUUCCUUGUACUCGCUUCAAUGCAGCUUCAUUUGCCUAUAAUCCAGGCCUCUGUGGGCCUCCGCUCAAAUCUGCAUGCGCUCAAGGUCCUGUCGUUGGCCAUGGCCAUGGUCAUGGUCAUGGUCAUGGCAGAAGGGGCAGAGACAGGGCUUUUGCCAUUGCAAUUGCCAUUGCUGUGGUGUGCGGAAGCCUUUGCAUCCUUAUUGUGGUAGGCAUUUCUAUUGCCUUUUUUGUUAUCAGGGUGAGCAGACAGAGGCAGGCGAAAGCCCAAAUCGGCGAACAAGAAAAGAAGCUGGUCAUGUUUUACACUCCAAUAACAUACGGGAAUGUUGUGGAAGGAAGUGGGCACUUCGACGAGGAGCAUGUGCAGAGCAGGACAAGGUAUGGAAUUGUGUUCAAGGUGUGUUUGCAGGAUGGAAGUGUGUUUUCAGUUAGGAGAUUAGCUCAUCAGGAGGGAGAAAAUGUCAUCCAGCAGAGCCAAUUCAGACAAGAAGCAGAAGCCCUGGGGAGCAUUAAGCAUCGCAAUUUGUGCAUUUUGAGGGGGUACUAUGUGAGCAGUGAAGUAAGGCUACUGGUUUAUGAUUACAUGCCCAAUGGUAAUCUAGCUACUCUUCUGCAGGAAGCCUCUCACCAGGGCGGCCAUGUCCUUAACUGGCCGAUGAGGCAUCUGAUUCUUCUGGGAAUAGCACGAGGCCUUGCUUUCCUCCACACAAAUUCAAUUGUCCACGGGGAUGUGAAGCCCAACAAUGUGCAGUUCGAUGCAGAUUUUGAGGCUCACCUCUCAGAUUUUGGCUUGGAUAGACUGGUAGCCACUCCAGCCGAUCAUCCCUCCUCUUCCACUACAGCGGCCAGAUCAUCAAUGGGGUAUGUUUCUCCAGAAGCCAAUUUGAGUGGGCAGAUGACAAAGGAGGGCGAUGUGUAUAGCUUUGGGAUUGUCCUGCUGGAGCUUCUGACAGGCAGAAGGCCCUUAAUGUUGGAGCAGGAGGAGGACAUGGAUAUUGUCAAGUGGGUGAAGAGGCAGCUGCAAACUGGGCAGAUAUCACAAGUAUUUGAUCCCAGUGUGGUAGAGGCUGAGGCAGAGGCAGAGGCAGAGGGUGAGGCAGAUCCAGAGUCCUCCUCGGAGUGGGAGGAAUUGUUACUUGCAGUGAAGGUGGGUCUUUUAUGCACAGCCCCUGACCCUCUUGACAGGCCUGCUAUGACUGAGGUGCUCUUCAUGCUUGAGGGCUGUAGAAUUGCGCCCCACCUCCCCUCCUCAGCUCAUGCCUCUCCACUUUGAUUCACCCCCAAAUCGCUGGAUACUCUCAACCUGCUGAUUCUAACGCCCCAUGAUUGUUAUGACUGAAUGUCUGACAUUCAUUCUAUGUUGUUGUAAAAUGAAGGAAACUUGAAUGGACCAUUUAAUAUUUCAAUCAUACAUACUUUUUUUAUCAA